AUGUAAUAAUGGGAUUUAGUAAAUGAAUCAAGUGAUUAGUUACGAUUGUUUAGUUAUUGUUUUAUAGUGUGGAGUGCUUUAUUUAUACUUUGCUACGAUAGAAUCAGAUUGAAUAACCUUAGUUCCAAAAAGCAAAUCGAUGUUUUCAACCGAGUCGUCUCAAUUUUACACGGUCAAUUCACUUUUUGGGGAUCACUCAUAGUUAUACUUUCUCAGACCCCUUACCAAUUAUAGGAAAUGAAUUCCUCUGAAAUGCAAUUCGUUAUGAUCGUCAGCGCAGGUUAUUUUGCAUACGACGUCAUAAUUUGCACUUAUUUCGAUUUGUAUGACUAUUGGCUGAUAUUCCAUCACAUAAUUAGUUUGAUGGCUUUUGGAGAAAGCAUUCUGAACAAAAAAUAUGGACAUAUUAUUAUAUUCGGUAUGUUCAUCACUGAAAUAUCUAAUUUGCCUAUGCAUUUGAGACAUAUUUUGGGUUGUUUCGGAUUAAGACAAACAAAGAUAUAUGAAUCAAUCGAAUUACUCUACUUCUCACUCUUCUUAAUAUUUAGAGGUAUCUUGAGUCCGGUCUUACUAAUCAGAACCUAUGAGGACCUACAUGCACCCUUAUUGAUUAAAAUCUCUGCAUCUGGAUUGCUAUUGUACUCAGUCUAUUACAUCAUAGAAAUGAUCAAAAUUACUUAAAGAAAAGUCAGAUCAUAUAGAGAUCGGAAGAGAAGAAAUCUCACUAUGUAUUGGUUUGCUCAGAAUCCCCUACUACCAACACACAAAUAUGUAGACUCCAUAUUAUGA